UGGAAUCGUUUCAUGAGAUGUGACGGCAGUCCGAAUCCUUUCAUUUCUUCCGAAUUAAAUACCUAUAUGAACCUAUGGAGAGAAGAUACCGCUAUUAAAUCCAUUUCUGAGGUCCUAAACGAAAUUACUGAUGGUGUAAAUGGUAUGGAUGAACUUUCGUUAAGUGAGGGUGAUAAUUCUACGGAAGUAAAAGAAGAACGAAAUCGACAAGCAUCUCUGCAAUUACAACAGUUAGUUUCAGAUAAACUAGAUGAAACCACGAUGUAUCAGCUAGCGUUUGCACAUGAGAAUGCCGAUCCUGACCAGCUUAAUUUUAAACAGUCUGAAUCAAGCCAUCAAGCUACUAUAUGUUUAUGGGCAAAUCUUAGCAAAAAUCCCAGAGUCAAAGCAUUAGAUUUCGAAGAACGAUCAUUCUCUAUCGAACUUCCAAGAUUAAUUCUAUUAGCCAAUAUUGGUAUUCGUGUAAUGUAUACAAAAUUUGAUUAUUUAUCGCCGAAGUGUCGAACAUUUAACCCUAAACCAAGACGAAAAAUUGUGGUAUUAAUAAUUAAUUUUACAGCUAUCUCAAUAUGUUCAAUUUUAUUAAUAUUAGAUUUCGAUCAACUAACUGAGUCUGUUGAGAAUGCUGAAAAUAAUGAAAACGUAGAUGGAGAACACAACAAAGAUAUAGUAGCAGAUGACGAUGAAGAGAGUGUUUAUGAAGAAAUUGACGAUGAUCUUCUUGAUGAUGAUGAUAAUGUAGUUGACUUAAGAGCAUAUCGAAGUAUGGGAGGUUGUGUUUAUAUCGAUCUUAUUCAAUUACCACCACAGCGCAAAAAAAUUAAAAACUGGAUUAUCAGAGAAACAAUUUCUCCUGGAUUACAACGUCAAGCCUAUCCAUUUGAUGCUUCCAAACCGGUUACACCUGCUCAAACAUCAUCAGGCAAAGAAUCUGCCAGCACAAAUUCACCAUCAACAUCUGGCAAUUCUAGUGGUUCUCUUUUAACAACUAUGCAACUACCGCAGUACAUGGUUUUUAGUGAACCCCCACAAUUAGCGCGAUGGGACGAUAAAAAUGCAUGUUGGCGUUUCGACGGAUUCAAUGAUGUUAAAUAUGACGAAGCGACCAAAAUGAUAGCCUUUAAAAUUGAUUUUUUUGGCCCUAUUGCAAUCAUGCAGGACAAAUAUUUAAAUUUACCAUUUCAAUUCUGGGAAUAUACGCCAUUAGAUCUAAACCACGGUAAAUUAUUGUUUAUGGCUGCCAUUACAGAAUUUGAAGUAGAAAUUAAGGUAAUCAAUUUUGAUGACGUAUGUCGCAUAAAACUCACUGCAGAAAGUCCUAAAGAGAUUGAAUUAAUAACUGAUAAAUGGAUGUCACCACAAGAGUUGAUGAAAUGUAUGGAAGAAAUUGGUAUCGACGUCUUUCCAACAAUUGAUUCUGACAAAUAUGUUAGCAUUAAUCCCAAGAAAAAGAAAUUAGAAUUCGAUGUCUACCGACAGAUUGCUUUAACAGGAUCAGCAUACAGUUACUCAUGGUCAAAAUGGAAUACUGAAGCUGAUAGCGGUCGAGAUUCAAUCAUUUUACGAGGCGUGGAGAAUUUAACGGCUGAGGAGGCACUCGACUACAAAAUUUACAUGAUCAAUCGACAAAGAGCAAGUGAAUUAAAAAUUACCGAAGAAAGUGACGAAUACUCAGAGUCACCAGCUGAAGGCACUCAUUUUCACUCUGAUCUUUAUCACAUGAUUACUGACGGAGCAACACAAGAUUCUUUAACCAGGAUAAGGAAUUCUUCCUUCUUAUUUGUUGACAAUCUUUAUACUUGGUUGUCUUCUACAAGGUUAUUCGCCUUUUCAUAA